AUGGCCGGCCGCAUCAACUGUCCGCUCGAGGCAGCUGUCGCCGGCUGGAUGGAAGAAAAUGAGGACGCGGCGCGCUUCAGGGACCUAGACAUUUCCGAUUUCGCGAACGCGAACGAUUUCGGGGACGCCGCCAGACCUAAUUUCGAGAACGCGGGCUUAGCUAGCUUCCACAACGCCAGCGUUUUCGGCAUUUCCGAUGUCGUUUCAGCGAAUUUUGGCACUGACCUGGCCGUGGGUGACUCGGACGGGUCGUUGGUCCCGUGGGAUCCCGACGUGGAUGACGUGGAUCAGACAUUCUAUCCGUUCGUCAUCGAGCCAAGAAGACCGCCUCCCGGCGUGCCCUUCGACCCCGCUGGUGCGCCCAGGCCCAGCAACGAGGAGUUCCGCUUGCAAGUGCUCCGCCGCUUCGCCAUCCUCGACACUGAGCCGAAUUCCCGCUUUGACAGAAUCACAGCACUAGCAGCACAGAUAUUUAAGUGCCCGAUCUCUCUGGUAGCGUUUGUGGAGGACGAGCGGCAGUGGUUCAAGUCCACGUUCGGGCUGCCAGGCGUGUGUGAGACGGACAGGGAGUCGUCCUUCUGUGCCUACAUGCUGCUGCCCAAUCGCAAUCCAUGUCUGGUGGUGAGGGACGCAUUGGAGGACAGCCGCUUCGUGCACAACAAGCUCGUGGUGGGGCCGCCAUACAUCCGCUUCUAUGCCGGGGCGCCGGUCACCACCAGUGGGGGCUUCGUCAUCGGCUCGCUCUGUGUGAUAGACACGGUGCCGCACCCCGAAUUCUCCCCCGAGCAAGAGAGCCUCCUCGUCGCCCUUGCCUCCCUCGUCACUCUCGAGAUGGACAAGCACAGCCAGGAGAUAGAGGUGCAGCGGCAGCAAGCGGACAAGUUUGAGGAGGACAAGCGGGGCCUGCUGCUCGCCAUAGACGCCUUCAGCGAGGGGCUCGUGCUCGUGGACGUGUCGCAGCCGAGGCAGCCGGUGGUGUUUGUGAACGAGGGGUGGGAGGAGAUCACGGGCUACUCCAUCGAGCACGUCGUCGGGCUGCACUGCGGCUCCAUCCUGCAGGGCCCAGGGUCUAACAUGACUGCUGUUGAGACCAUGCGCAAGGCUGUUGAGACCGGCGGGUCUGCUUCUGUGGAGCUGAUGAAUUAUAAGCGGGACGGCACGCCGUUUUGGAAUUGGCUGCGCAUUCAUCCUGUGCCGCCCGGGUCGUCGUUCCUGCCAACUGAUAAGAACCAGAGGUACUACUUUGGCAUUCUGUCUGACUGCACAGCACGCAAGGAGAACGAGUGGCAGCUCGAGAGCAUGCGCAUGGCGGAGGUGGAGAGGGAGGCGAGCAUGCGCGCUAAGAGGCAGUUCGUGGCGAACAUAAGCCACGAGAUCCGCACGCCCAUGAACGCCGUGCUGGCGUGCGCCCAGCUGCUGCAGGACGCGCCCAACCUGACCCAGGACCAGGUGGAGCUCGUGCACAUGAUCUCAGGGGCGGGGCAGCAGCUGCUCUCGCUCAUCACUGACAUUCUCGACUUCUCCAAGCUGGACGCGGGGAAGAUGGAGAUGCACGAGAGGGAGGUGAGCCUGUGGGCGUGUCUGGACUUCUGCAUGGAGCUGCUCGUCCUCAAGUCCCAGCGCAAGGGCCUCGACCUCUCCUACAACGUCGACCCUUCUGUACCGCAGUGGAUAUGGGCGGACGAGGUGAGGCUGAGGCAGAUUCUCACCAACCUGCUGUCCAACGCGGCCAAGUUCACGGACGAGGGCGGCCAGGUCGAGGUCUCCGUCUCCGCCACUCUGCUCCCCGACCCUGAGCGGGAGGAGGGAGAGCAUCAGCAGCAGGGGGAGGAGGAGGCAUGGCGCGUGCUGCCAUGGUUUGAGAUUCAGUUCUCAGUGCGCGACACCGGCAUCGGCAUGCCGCCUGAGUUCGCCUCCGUCAUCUUCGAGGCGUUCACACAGUGUGACAACUCGCGCACGAGGCGGUACGAGGGCACGGGGCUGGGCAUGGCGAUAGCCAAGGACCUAUCGGAGCGCAUGGGGGGGCGCAUCUGGGUGGACACGGAGCUGGGCAAGGGUUCCACCUUCCACUUCACCAUCCACGCUCAUGGCAGCAUGGUCGAAGCCUCCAACAUGCUGCCGUCUCUGCUCGCCAAUCAGGCCUCUGCGUCCCUUACUGCUUCGAGCAGCGGCAGUGCUGGUGCUGGUGGUGGUGGGGAAGGGAAGGGAAGGGAUGGUGCUGUUGCGGCUGCUGUGGCGGCUGCUGCUGCUGCUCCCACCACGCCCACCAGCCGCAGAGGGAAGCUUCUGCUGCCCACCUCCUCCUCCACCCCCUCCUCCGCCUCCCCAACCUCUGCUACCACUGCCAUCCCCCCGGUCUCUCUCUCCGCUGCCGGGCCUCCUCGCUCCCCCACAUCGCGCUCGCCCCGACCUUUCCCCCGGGCCAAUACCGUCCCAUCUGCCACCGCCGCUGCUGCUGCUACUGACUCGUCCGCUGCAGCACAGGGCAGCCCGGGUCAGCCUGGUUCACUCGACGCUGAUCCUUCAGCGCCCUCCGCCCUACAGAGAUCCGAGAGCGACAAGCCCUCCCUCACACCCUUCCCUUCCGACGCUGCUCCGACCCCAUCACCCCUACACACGCUCUUCCUCACUCCCCCAAUCACCCCUCUCACGGGCAAGCGCGCGCUGCUGGUGGGUGUACCGGCCACGUUCCACCGCAUGUUAGGGUCCAUGCUGGCCGCGUGGGGUGUGUCGUGCACUGCUGUGCGCACCGUGGAUGCUUUCUGGGACCAGUGGACGGGCGAGGAGGGUGGGCUGGGGCGUGCCGCAGGGUGCAGCGAGAAGGAGCAGCAGAAGAGCCUGCUCAAGGUGUACCGGUCGGGGAGUUGGAGCGAUUUGCCGUUGUUUGGGUGGGCGGAUGGGGAGGGCGGUGCGGGUAGUGAGGGAGGGAAGAAGGGCGCGGUGGGAAGAGUGGGAGGGGAGGAGAGGGGGAAGGGGUAUCCCAGGGCUAUGAGUACGCCCAGAGGGGUUUUUUCAGGGAGGGGUGAGGGAGGAGGCUCGUCUGAACAAGCACCAUCUGAGGAGGACGAUGAGGAGGAGGAGGAUGGUGAUGGCGAUGGCGAUGGGGAGAAAGAGGGGGAGGAAGGCGGUGGGCGUGGGAAACAGCAAGUGGAGGGCGGAGUGGAAAGGGAGGGGAAGGAGCGAAAGAAGCGGGGCGGAGAGGAGCUAUCGUUCCUGGCGCGGGUGCAGGCGCGGCAAGGGCAGCGCUUCGACGUGGUGCUUGUAGACGGACCAGCAGUCACGAGCAGCAGCCGAGGGACUGGCGGACAAGGGCGGUACGGAGGGGGAGGAGCGUUGGCAUUGGCGCUGGCGGCGCAGCACGAGCAGGAGCGCGCGCUGCUGAUGAUGCACCUGGGGUGCGCGUGUGCCAGCACUGCGCCCACCUUCCUCUUCCUCUCCAAACACUCCAAGCGCCAACUGCCCUUCGACCCCGCGCUCCUGCGCAAGGUGGAGGUGCUGUCGCGGCCAGUGCGCGUGAACCAGCUGUACAAGCACCUCAUCCAGUACCUCGCCCCCUCCGCCCUCGCCACCCUCCCUGCUGUCCCCGACUCCCCCCGCUACGACACCCCCGCCUUCUUCGACGAGCCCUUGGACCUGCGACCAGCGCCGUCCGCCGUGUCGCCGUCACCGGGGCCGGCAGGGCUGUCGGGCAUCUCCGUGCCCUCCUCCUUCGCUGGCUGCUCCUCCGCCGCCCUCGCCUCCCUGCCCGCCUCCAUCCCCACCUCUGUCUCCACGGCAGGUCCGGCAGCAGGGUCGGCGCCGGAGGAGGUGGCGAAGGCGGUGGCGCGGGACGUGGCGGCGCUGCGGGUGGCGGUGGUGAAGGAGCCGAUGCCGCUGGGCGUGGUGCGGGCGGAGCGGUCCAGCCCGCGCCCGGGGGACCUGCAGGUGCUCAUCGCGGAGGACAACAUCGUCAACCAGCGCGUGCUGCUGAAGCUGCUGAAUGGCAUCGGGGUGAGGUCGUGCUACACUGCCAUCAACGGACUCGAGGUGAUGCAGCGGCUGCGGCAGGUGACAGUGGAUCUGGUGCUCAUGGACGUGCAGAUGCCCGAGAUGGACGGCCUCACUGCCACCGCCUGCCUCAGAAGGGAGCUGCCACCAGAGCAGCAGCCGGUGGUGGCAGCACUGACAGCAGAUGUGGGGUUGAGGCAAGCGAAGGAGGAAGCGGAGAGGGAAGCCGCUGCUUACCGCGCUCAGCGUGAGGAGGAGUACAGGAAGAAAAAGGCCGGGACGUCAGGCGACUCGGAAGCGACUGUGAAGCGGCUGGAGGUGCAAACGAGGCAAAAGAUUGAUCAGCUGACUAAGGAAGCGGGCAAUGUGUCGAAAGAUGUUACUGGGAUGCUUCUUGAUCUUGUGACAACAGUGAAGCAUUAA